GACUCGGGCUCUAUCGUAAUUCUGCGCGACCGACCGCGUUAAGAUCCUCUUCCGGAGGCCUUGCUGCCUUUUCCACGCCUCCAAAAUGGCGCAGCAAGACCAAGGUGAGAAGGAAAACCCCAUGCGGGAGCUGCGCAUUCGCAAACUCUGCUUGAACAUCUGUGUUGGGGAGAGUGGGGACAGGCUCACUCGAGCAGCCAAAGUGUUGGAGCAGCUCACAGGACAGACUCCUGUCUUCUCAAAAGCUCGAUACACUGUCCGAUCUUUUGGGAUCAGGAGAAAUGAAAAGAUUGCUGUACAUUGCACCGUACGUGGGGCAAAAGCUGAAGAGAUCUUGGAGAAAGGGUUGAAGGUCCGAGAAUAUGAGUUGAGAAAGAAUAACUUCUCCGACACUGGCAAUUUUGGAUUUGGGAUCCAAGAACACAUUGACUUGGGAAUUAAAUACGAUCCCAGUAUUGGCAUCUAUGGCUUGGACUUCUAUGUGGUUCUGGGGAGGCCAGGGUUCAGCAUUGCUGACAAGAAGCGCCGAACUGGCAGCAUCGGGGCCAAGCAUAGAAUCAGCAAAGAGGAAGCCAUGCGCUGGUUUCAGCAAAAGUAUGAUGGCAUCAUCCUUCCAGGCAAAUAAAUUAUUUCCACUAGGAAAUAAGUGUGAAUAAAAUUUUACGUUGUUUAAUUUA